AUGACUCUCCGUUCUUUCCUGCUCGGGAGCACCCUGGCCCUUAGCAGCGCUAGGGCCAUGCUGGUUGUUCCUGAAGUCGACGCUGACUUCACCACUGCCGACAUUGCAAAGAUUCAGCCUGUUGAGGUUGAAGCUGCCCAGCAGCUGGAUGUUGACCUACUCUGCACUGGAUGUCCCUUUGCCAUCCAGAGUGGUGAUGAGACCUCCUUGUCGCUCAAAUUCACUAUCGACGAUGGCCUUCUUUUGGCCAACGACCGCCAGAUCUUCCCUCCCGCCCCUCCCGCCGCAAUCACCGCCGUCGAGCGCCGUCGGGAAGAUGGUGAAGAAUCCAACCCCAUCUACCUGGGCUACGCCGUUGAAAUGAUGCCGCUCCCAUCGCCCCCCGAUGAGCCUUUUGAUAUGGUCGAAGUACGAUUCACCGUUCUCGAUAUUGAUGGAUACCCCGUUCCCCUUGACACUGUCGCCAUUACCCUUAUCCACGACGCAGAAGGCAACCUAUACGUGGCUGGCACCAACAUUGAGGAUACUGCCGACCGCGAGUCUUGGAGGAAGUGUGGUGGAAAGUCGAGGUGCCUGAGACGGUACCUGAUGCACCGCAUCCGGACGAUGUUUGCUGUGGCCAAGGAGCGCCUCAUCGGGAUGUUCAAGGGCAAGGAGUGUGGCGGUCCUCGUCCUCCUUUCCCCCCUCACCCCCAUGGCGACUUCGACCAGUUCUCACCUGUUGACGGGAAUGAUGAGCCACACCGUGGUCCUCACCGUCACCACGGCCACCACCCUCACCCUCACUACCACGACAAGUUCCACAAGACCUGGGAGCACACUCUUCACCGCGUCAUGCGCUUCGUCGUCGUUCCGGCCAUUCUCGGAGUUCUGGCAGGUCUUGCUGCGAGCGCCAUCGGUAUGCUGGUUGGCCAGCUUGCCAUUUUCAUGUGGCGCCGUUACCGCCGUACUUCCAAGGAGACGACCGAGGAGGGACUGGCCCAUGAAAAGCAGGGUCUGAUGACCGAGUCUGCGGACGACCUGCCCCCAGCAUACACUGAUGAGAGUGCCCCUGAGCAGGUUGCUGACAAGGCAUGA